UGUAAAAUAAGAGACUUUUUUUAAUAUUUUCAAUAUUAUUAGAUGGCAUAGUUAAAUUUGUAGUUUUGACAAAAAAAAUUGCAAAUCGAUUUGGAUGAAAUUAAAAAUCAUUUUACAAUGGAUUUGUUGACACCAAAAAUAGAAAUUUUUAUUGAGGAUCAUGAUGAAUCAAUGAUUGAUGAUAAAAUAUACGAUAAAAACAAUUCAAGCAGCGGGCUGACAACGAAAAUUACCAUCGAUAAGGAUAUUAAAGAAGAAAUCCAAGCGUCACCGGUCAAAUACAAAAAAAAACGUCAACAAUGCCCAAAAUGUUCAGUGACAUAUUCAAAGCGUGAAUAUUUGUCGAAACACAUGAAAACGGAACACAACAUAGUUUUGGAAAAGAAAAGACCUGGCCGGGUAUCACAAUUUCGACAAAACAAUGAGGAUGAUCCACGUCCAUACAAAUGUGAUCAAUGUGUUAAAGAAUAUACAAAAUCAAAGCAUUUGGCAAGACAUAGGCGUACACAUUUAGAAAAGAAACGUUGCAAUGAAUGCAAUGAGAUUUGCAGUAAUUAUGCCGAUCAUAUGCUGAAAAAGCAUGGUAUCGAUUUACCACGACCGUUUUCAUGUGAUAUAUGUCAUAAAACCUAUCGAACAAAAACUCACAUUCAAUCACAUAUGCGAAUACAUCGAACAGCUAGUCGUGUAUUUACGUGCACCGUAUGCCCGAAGAGUUUUUGUUUUGCAACCGAUUUGAGGAAGCACAUGAAAUCACAUUCACAAAAUCGUUCGGUAAUUUGUGAUAUUUGCGGUGAUGCAUUCAAAUCAGCCGAUACAUUGAAGUGUCACAUGAGGCGACAUACAGGGGAAAGACCAUAUAAAUGUUCACAGUGUCCGCGGGCCUUCAGCACGAGCAAUAGUUUAGAUAUACACUUUCGUACGCACACCGGAGAAAAACCCUUUCAAUGUGAAUUUUGUCCAAAACGAUUCAGUGAUUCAUCGACGUUGCUCGUACACAAAAGACUACACACAAAUGAAAAUCCCUACAUUUGCCAUUUGUGUGGCCGUCGUACAAAGCAAGCGAGUAAUUUACGAUCCCACUAUAAACACUUCCAUAAGAAUAAUGAUAUAUCGGGACGUCAAAUUCGAUUAAAUUCCCGAAUAUUUAAUCGCUUUUCGCAAAACGAAAUUGAUGCUCAAUUACAAGAAUCGGGUGAUUUGAUGGCUUUAUUGGAGCGCGGCAUGCUGGAAUUUGAUCGCGAAGAGAAAGAAAAAAAUAGCCAAAUUGAAAAGGCAUUACAGGUGAUGAGUGCGCCGCAAGUCAGAAAUGCGGAAAAUAAACUUAGUAAAACUGAAGUCAAUUCAAUUGACCAUGUUGAAGUAAAAUAUGAAGAGAUUAGAUCUGAAGUACAAUCGUCAAUCACUGAACAAUGUUCAGCUGACAUAUCAAAUGUGAUUCCUGAUUUAAAACGACAAACGGCUUCGCCGACAAUUUUAAAUGACAAUUAUUCUGAAGACAUAAAAUAUGAAUAUGAUUCCGUUGAAAUUUUAACGAACAAAGAUAUGUUGAAUAUUGAAAGUGUUUUUAUAGAGGAUUCAGAAUGUCCACAACCGUCAACUGAAGACUUUUUCAUCGAUGAUAUUAAAAAAGAGACCAAUUUAAAUGACGAUUACAUCGAUGAUCAAUGGGUGCUUGAUAGUUAUACCAACCAUCCGUCACCAUUACCAUUCGAAAUUAUCAAGUAUGAAUCAUUCUGUGGCAAAGACGAACCGAAAACAGAAAUAAUAUCAUCAACAAGUGAUAGCAUUAAGAAUAAGCAAACUAAAAUUAAACAGAAAAAGGGUGAAAAGGAGAAACACAAAACACCACCGAAAGUCAGUGCUGCAAAGACAGAAAUGGAAAAAUGUAUACCAUGCAAUCGAAAAUUUCAUGAUAUAGCCAAACAUUGGGUGCAAUUUCAUUCAGGUAUUGAGCGACCGUAUCAAUGUUUCAUUUGUCAUCGGUAUUAUAAACGAUUCGAGCAUCUGAAGUAUCAUAUGAGAACCCAUGGUGAUGAACGAAAUUACGUGUGUCACAUAUGUGGCAAUGCAUUCUUUUUAAGCAAUGAAUUGAGAAAGCAUAUUAUGAAUCGACAUCAAGUUGAACGACCCUUUAAAUGUACAUUUCAACAAUGUAAAAAAUGCUUUAAAAAUCAUCAUGCGCUCAAUGUACACAUGAGAACGCACACCGGCGUUAAACCACAUCAGUGUUCUAUUUGUUCGGAAGCAUUUGCCGCACUGAGUUCGUUGAAGAUCCAUGAGAGAAAACAUACGGGUGAAAAGCCAUAUAAGUGCAAAUUUUGUAAAAAAGCAUUCGCCGAUUGUUCAACACAUAAGCAACAUGUCCGAAUCCACACCGGUGAUAAGCCGUAUCAGUGCAGUUUAUGUGAUCGACGUACGGCUCAAGCGGGAAAUUUGAAAUCACACUAUCGACACUAUCAUAAAAUAAUUGUAAAAAGUGUCAGCAUGUAUGUGGAUAAUUCACCAUCGGUGUCAAUUGCUCAAGAAAUUCAACGUAAUCCAUAUGAAAGGAGUCAUGUCACCCCGUAUACAUUGACCGAUCCAACUCGACAAAUCGAAGAAUAAUCUUUUUAUAUGUUUAUCAUAUCAAUUGUUUUAAAGACAACAUUUAAAUGGUAAAUUAUGUUGUGAGAUUGCUGCAUGACAGUAAUUUAAUUUAUAAAUUCACUUGAGCAAAUAAUAAAUAUGUCAAGUAACUAAACGAAA